GUGCCCAUCGAAAUCGACGCCGACGGCAAGGAAAUAAACCCCUACAUCCCGCAAUUCAUCUCCAAAGCACCAUGGUACAUCGACCAGUCCGGCGAAGCCUCCCUGCGGCACCAGCGGCUGCGCGAGGACCGCGACAAGAAAGAAGCCGAUCUGAAAGACGUGUGGUAUAAGCGCGGCGUGCGCGCGGGUCCCGCGGCGACAAAGUAUCGCAAGGGCGCGUGCGAAAACUGCGGCGCGAUAACGCACAAGACAAAAGACUGCAUGGAGCGGCCGCGGAAAGUCGGCGCGAAAUGGACAGGGCAGGAUAUCCAGGCCGACGAUCUGAUCCAGGACGUGCCGAUGACGUGGGACUCGAAGCGCGAUCGGUGGAACGGGUACGAUGCUGCUGAGCACGCGAAGGUGAUUGAGCAGUAUCAGCGGGUAGAAGAACUUCGAAAACAAGCCCUUGCCGCGGAAAAAGGCGAUGAUCUCGACGACGACGACGACGACGACGACGACACUACAAAAGAAGACCGCGACGAAGAAGGCGCUCGGGUAGGAAGUCGCUCAGUCCGCCUGCGCGAGGACGUCGCAAAGUACCUCAAGAAACUCGACGCGCCAGAUACUCGCUACAACCCGAAAUCCCGACAACUGAUCGGCGCAGAAGGCAUCAUUUCCGCCGACGACGAUUUCGUGCGGCAGACGGGCGACGAGGCGAAGCAGUUUGAGGAGAUGAAGCAGUUUGCGUGGGAGGUUGCCGAGAAGGGUCAGGCGAAUGUGCAUUUACAAGCGAAUCCGACCGAGGGCGCGAUUUUGAAGCGGAAACUUGAUCUGGAAUCGGCAGAGAAAAACGAGAAAGCGAAAAAACAGCUGCUCGACAAAUACGGCGGGCAGGAGUACUUGAAAGACUUACCUCAAGAACUAAAAGUCUUGCCCGACGACGACUACAAGGAAUACACGCCCGAGGGGAAACUCGUCAAGGGGAAAGCAAGUACGACACCGAAAUCACAGUACCCUGAAGACAUCCAUCCCGGAAAUCACUCGACCGUUUGGGGGUCUUGGUGGCAUGACUUUCAAUGGGGAUAUGCCUGUUGUCAUUCUACUAUGAAGCAGUCUUAUUGUACUGGUCGUGACGGUAUUGAAGCUGCC